AUGCAGAAGCAGCAGCAACCAAAAGCAGAAAGCAGGGGGCGGCAGCCGGCCGCGCGGGGAGUGGAGGCCGGCGGUGGGUGCGGGGUGUGGCACGGGGCGCCCGAGGGAGCAGCGCCGCAGCGCAACGGCAAGCAGGGGCAGGGGCGGAGCCGAGGCCAGGGGCUCCAGCGGGAGCGCGCAUGGGAGGCGAUGGCGGGCGCGACGGAGUGCGUGGCCGAGGAAGUGCGGCGACUGCGGGCGAGGCUCACGGGCGCGCGAGCGUGUGUGCGGGACCGAUGCAGCCCGAGCGGCCGGGGAGGCAAGCCGGAGCGAGGGGGAAACGGGCACCGGGGGCAAACAGCAGCAGCGGUGGUAGAGAACGGCGGCGUCGGGCGUGCUUGGCCAUCGGCGAUGCAGGGCACGGGGAGAGGAGGUAGGCAUUUUGUUGGAAGACGGAGAAGGCGAGGAGCACAACACCGUGCUCGGACGCGAGCGGUAGUGGCUGUGGCCGCGGCUGCGCCAUGCCCAGCGGCGAGGAGCUUCGGCUCCGAUGGCGUCGGUGGCUACGGGCACGAAAUCGAACGGGGCAGAGAGGGGUUUCGAGAGGGAGCUCACAGUGAUGCUCGCAUAAGACUCGGGAAGGCCGGGGUGGCGCCGGAGCGGUGGUGUCCGCCACGGAUCGACGGCAGCCGAGGCGGUGCGGAACAAGGCGAUGGCGGCGCUGCGGGGCUCCCCGGCUUGUUCUCGAGGGCGCAGGCGACGAACUCUUCCACGGUGGACCUCCUGGACCCGUCGGUGUGGAGGACGGUGGCCGGUGGCCGCGUGCACGUUGACGACGCGGCCAUGGAGGCGCUCGGCGAGAAGCAGCAGCAACCAAAAGCAGAAAGCAGGGGGCGGCAGCCGGCCGCGCGGGGAGUGGAGGCCGGCGGUGGGUGCGGGGUGUGGCACGGGGCGCCCGAGGGAGCAGCGCCGCAGCGCAACGGCAAGCAGGGGCAGGGGCGGAGCCGAGGCCAGGGGCUCCAGCGGGAGCGCGCACGGGAGGCGAUGGCGGGCGCGACGGAGCGCGUGGCCGAGGAAGUGCGGCGACUGUGGGCGAGGCUCACGGGCGCGCGAGCACUCGGGAAGGCCGGGGUGGCGCCGGAGCGGUGGUGUCCGCCGCGGAUCGACGGCAGCCGAGGCGGUGCGGAACAAGGCGAUGGCGGCGCUGCGGGGCUCCCCGGCUUGUUCUUGAGGGCGCAGGCGACGAACUCUUCCACGGUGGACCUCCUGGACCCGUCGGUGUGGAGGACGGUGGCCGGUGGCCGCGUGCACGUUGACGAUGCGGCCAUGGAGGCGCUCGGCGAG